CUUAAAAAAGGAAAACUUUUACUCUCUUAAGCUUUUAUUUUUAAUUGUAAAUAUGUAAGGUAUGAUUUUGAUCUUUAAUUUGUGCUAUUAGGUCAAGUUCAAGCAUAACCCCAAUAAUAUUAUACCUGACAAUGUUAAAUUUAAAUUGACCAGCUGCUUUAAAGUUGUAUGCACCUUGUACACUUAUAUUUCAACAAGUAUUGUUAAACAUUUAUCAAAAUUUCGUUUUUCGCUGAUACAAAAAAGAAAUGAAGAAAACAUUUAUCAUUUACAUAAUUCUUUGCUAUUAUUAAAUAUUAAGAAAAUGAUGGUGCUUUACACAAACGAAGUAAUGUGAAAUCGCAUGGAACUGAUAGUUACUGCUUUAAUAAAGUACUUUACAAACAGAACAUUGGUAAGAAAUAUGUGUGCACGACUUUUAACAUGCCCUUUGUGCUCACAACCAGGUUUUUUAACACUGGAUGCAUUGCGAGCUGGGUUAAUAAGUGUAGCAACUCGACCUCUUGUGUGUCCUGUAUGCAACGAAGUGUUGCUUGGAAUUGAUAAACUUACUAUUCAUUUAUUUAGUCACACUAUUAAUUUAAACAACAAUAAUGUAACAGAGUUACCAAAACAUACCAAUGUUGUUAAUAACAGCCUUGAUUCGUCAGUAAUGCAUAGUCAACAAAAUACUACUUUUCAAGAUUGGAAUGUAUUAGAAACACAAACUGCAGAUUCAAAUAAAUUGGAAAAUCAUAUCCAAAGCAAUUUAAAAUUUUCUAAAAAUUUACCAAGUACAAGAGAUGAAGAUCCAAUUUUGAACUCAAAAGUUUGUAUUCAAAAUCAGAAUUCAUCGUUGAAUCAUGCACCUCAAGUUACAUUUUUACCACAUCAAACAUCUGAGAACGAAGAAAUGAAUACAAUUCAUGAAAAUAAACAAAUAUCAAAGUCAGAAAAAGAAUCUCAACAGAUAUUACAAGAAACAUUAAAAUUAAAUUAUGGUACACAAUAUUAUGACAGUAACAAUAUUAAACACAUUAAUUUUUUGCACAAUUAUUCUGAAGUAGAGCAUGAAAAUACUGAAACCUUUAAAAACUGGAUACAGAAUCAGAAUUGUAAAGAACAAGUUUCUACAAAUGAAAAUUUAGAUAAAAGGGAAAGACCUAUAGAAAAUGAAGAAUCUUGUAAUAAUGAACAAACAACAACAAUGAAUAACUUUGGAACUGAUACAUCAGUUUGUAUUAAUAUGCCAUUAGAGAAAUAUAAUAAUUAUAAAAAUAUGCAAAAUAAUUCAUCUACCACGUGUAAUAAAAGUGAGAAUGAAGGUCAUCAGAAUGAAGAAAUACUCCCUCAAUUAAAACUUUUUAAAACUCUAUCAACAAAAGAAAAGACUGAACGUUGUAAUAUAUGUGGAUUUCAUUUUCCUGACCAUAAUAUUUUAGUUUUACAUAAACAAUUAAUACAUACGAUCAAUGAGAAAGAUUUAAAUAUUGUUCCUGAAAGUUUUCUGAAAAACUAUUCCUGUCACUUGUGCUCUAAAGUCUUUAAAAUGAAGGGUAGUCUGAUGGUGCAUAUGAGAGUAGCACAUAUGGGAUACAAUCUGGGUUCAUUAGCUAAAGGCGGACGAAUAGAAUUCAUACUUAAUGAAAAUAAAUACAGUUGUCCUACAUGUGGAAAACAAUUUAAAAAGGAACAACAUGUAAUGCAGCAUUUAAAAACACACGAAGCGAAACAAUGGGAAUGUGAUGUAUGCAGUAAAAUGUUCACAACAAAGUAUUUUUUGAAAAAACAUAAAAGAUUACAUUCAGGAGAAAUGCCAUACAAAUGUAAUAUAUGCAACAAAACAUUCACUUUCCAACAAUCGUAUCAUAAACACAGGCUAUACCAUAAAGAUGAUAAGCCACAUACAUGUACAACUUGUGGCAGAUCAUUUAAAGAAUUAUCCACUUUACACAACCAUGAACGGAUUCAUACUGGAGAGAAACCUUUUGAAUGUGAAACAUGUGGAAAAUGUUUCCGUCAACGUGUUUCGUAUUUAGUUCAUCGUAGAAUUCACACUGGUGUAAUGCCUUAUAAAUGUACAACAUGUGGAAAAAGUUUCAGAUAUAAGGUAAGUCAAAGAACCCAUAAAUGUUCAUUACAACAGAUGACAAAUGUGAAUCAGAUUAAUAAUCCAGACCAGCAAUCUGUAUGUAUAUCAAAUACACAAAAAAUAAGUAACGAUUCAUGUAAAAAUCUCCAAGAAAAUGUUUUAGAAAAAGAUCAAUCAAUAUUAAAUAUCACGAAUGAUGAAGAGAACAAGUACGUAUUGAUAAUAAACACUCAGGGUCAACAUCUUCUAACAAAAGAAUCAGAUAUAAAUAAAGCACAGAAUGCUUCUAACAAAGAACAAAAAUUUGACGAGUUUAUUGGAAUAAAUGAUAAAAGUGAAGAAACAAAGAAUAUAUGGAAGUCUGAUAUUCCUAAUAGUCCUAUAUUUAAAAAAUCCGUUGAAACUUCUAAAAAUGUUGAAAAUAAUUCAAAAAAUGAGAAAUCACUUCAAGAUGAUACAAAUCACUUUUUCUCAAUGGUAAUACCUCCUCUUGAAAAUGGAUUAUCUUCACCUACAACUGAAAUGGAACAUUUAAGAGUAUCAUCUCCUAUACAGAAGCAAGAUAUAUUCAAAUCUUACGACAAUUUUAGGUGUACAACGCAUGAAAUAGAAAUGAAUUUAAUUAAUACAAAUUUGGAACAAAAUUUUGGUAAUACUGGCAAUGAUACAAAUAAUUUACAAACUAUUAAUGAAGAAUCUUUAAAACAAUUAUUGUAUAGUAUUAAUGAAAAGUAAUUAUUUAUGCUCUAUAAGAGUUAUAUUACUCUGAGAGAUUUAAUAACUUAUAUUAAUGUGAACAUAACAUAGCGAGCUCUUUAAAUAAAUAUUAACUGUUCCUUACU